AUGACCACAUCGCAAACAGCUGUCUCGUCAUCUUUCUUAAGGAACAAGCUGCCACCAUUCCAAAGAUUUAUUACGCCCCUAUACUUUGAAUUCUUUAGUGAUGACAGGCCAGUAAACAUAACAGACUCCAAACCAGCUCCCAGCAACGUGGUAGUAGAGGUGCACCAGAGCCUGGAGAAUGUAAAUUGUGUCUGGGAUGCUUGUACGAUAUUCUGUGGGUACCUGAUUGCCAACUCUGAAAGUGUCUUUGCCCUGUGCCAGCCGCCAGGAGACGUGUUUCGUGUUUUGGAGAUUGGGAGUGGGUCUGGAUUGCUGGGUAUAGUCGCACUACUCGCACUCAAGCCAGUGUGUCAUCGGCAUAAUAAACAGUUGCAGGUGUGUAUGACUGACUUGGAAGAGGAACUGGACGUGAUCAAACAAACUGUAGCUGCCAACUUUAGCGAGCUAGAAAGCAAACCUCUAGUCGAAGCAUUAGAGUGGGGAUCUACAGAGCAGUAUGAAUCCCUAAUACUGAAGCUGGAAGGGGACGAGUUGGAUGUUGUUCUAGCAACAGAUGUGGUCUACGAGAUUCAGCACUUUGAUUUGCUCUUUCGCACUUUAAAGCUGCUACUAAGGCCAAACACGUUAUUUAUCAUGGCAAUGGAACGUAGAUGGAGUGAUAUAACAAGGUUCUUUUGGGACGAUGCCAAGUCAUAUGGCUUCAAUUACGAAAUGCUGCCCAAAAGUAAUGUUGGUGACGGGCCGUGGUGGGAAAUGCCUCAUAUAGAUAUAUAUUUCAUUAGGAAGGUGAUUGUAGAGACGAACGAUGAUGUAGAAUAA